AAGUGGGAGAGGAUAGUGGGGGACAAAAGAGGACGUGGGGAGAGAAGGGGAGGGACAAAGGUGAAGGCAGGGCACAUCCUGAAAAGAUAAUCCCUGUACAGUCGUGACAUCAUCCUCUUGCUCGUAUGUAUAUAUAGGGAACGGCCAGAGCAUCUCUCAUAAUCUCUUACUUUCAAAGCUAGCUGAAGGCAAGAGAAAGAGCUAGAGAGAGCUCCCUUCUGUUUAUUUCAGACUUUUUGGGACGUGGCUUGCUAGAAGGCUGAAAGAGAUGAUGGCACCAAAGAAAAUCCCCCUAGUCUGCCUGCUCCUGCUGGCUCUCAGCUCCUGGAGUCUGUGCUCAGAUUCAGAAGAGGAAAUGAAAACAUUAGAGGCAGACUUAUUGACUAAUAUGCAUACAUCAAAGAUCAGUAAAGCAAGUGCUCCCUCUUGGAAAAUGACCCUGCUAAAUGUUUGCAGUUUUGUAAACAACAUGAAUGCGCAACCCGGAGAAACAGGAGAGUUCCGUGAAGAGGAGCUUGUUACAAGAAGGAAAUUCCCCACUUCUGUGGAUGGCUUUAGCUUGGAAGCAAUGCUGACAAUAUACCAGCUCCAGAAAAUCUGUCACAGCAGGGCCUUUCAACACUGGGAGUUAAUUCAGGAGGAUAUUCUUGAUGCUGAAAAUGACAAAAAUGAGAAGGAAGAAGUCAUAAAGCGAAAAAUCCCUUACAUUCUGAAACGGCAGCUGUAUGAGAAUAAACCCCGAAGACCCUACAUCCUCAAAAGAGAUUCUUACUACUACUGAAAAAAGGAGAAAUAUUUUAUUUCCAUGCGAUUAUGAUUUGUCACCCUUUAAUUAAAUAUUAAAUUAUAUUUGUGUGCAAAUUUGACAGAACACACUUAUUUUGUUUCUUCCACAAUUGUGAUGUAUUGAAUGUGGUUUUACUGUGUUGAUAUGAAUUGAACUAAAUGUUUUCAAAUAAAUCUAGACCUUCAGCAUGA